ACUAUGAGGAGGGUCCAACAGUCACCACCACGACCACCUCAAUGUCUCAUGGUGUUGAGCUUGGACCUAGUGGCCUUGCCAAACGCACGGUUAGGAAGAAGGUGAAGGUGGACACCUCCAAGUUCAUGACUCCUUACCUGGCUCACAGCCAGAAGAUGCUUGACCAGUACAGCCAUAAUAAAUACAGGGAGGAAUAUGAAAAAUCAAAGGGGCAGCCCUAUGCCAUUUCGGCUGACACACCUGAGAUGAUUCGCAUCAAGAAGGCCCAGGAGCAGCUCAGUGAG